AUGCUGGGUCGCACUCUGCUCCAAACCUCUCUGGUUCUCUGGUUGGCUCAUCAGACUCUGCAAGGCGGUAAGACACUGAUUACAUCACAACAAACAGAUAUGUUAGGAGAAACUUGAUAUUCAAGUUAGUUGUAAGCUUGUUUGAUCAAGAUGUCUGCAAAAAUAAAACCUUGAUGAGGGUGAUAUUUAUAACUGUGCUCUUAUCAAAUACUGUUCAUCUCCUCUACUGUUGAUUUAUGCAAAAUUGUAUCGAUAUAACAAAUGAUUUAAGAAUUAGUUUGAGUUUCUGUUUGAUGUUGAUAUCACAAACUUAUUAAACUUAUUAAAUAAAUACAGUUGUACAUAAACGGACAGCGUUUGCAAAUUUGGGCUUUUAAAAUUCUGAGUGACAACUUCACUUUAUCACAUCGUGCAUACAGUAAGUCAGCAGCACCAUGAGUGCUUUCAUGUUUCUGACCCUCCGGCCAGUCACUCUCACUCUCUUGUUAAAUAUCAUGUCUGUGAGACCAAGAGAGUAACUCCUUGACUCGAGGAGGACUCCAUGAAGGCUCCCCCUUUAGUAAUCCUGCCAAGCUACUGCGGUUUAGAUCAUCUAAUACCUUUGAAUCAAAGGAUGCAUGAAAAGAUGGCAGAGGUAGGUAAAAUCUGUCGACCAACUGUGAGAAAAAAACAGGCUCCAUACUGUCGCUCCAAAUUGGCUCAUCUUGUCUUUUCCAUCAAUGGAUAUCUGUUUCUUUCUCCUCUUGUUGCUAAGUCAGAUUUUAGUAUUCAUGAGACUCUAACUUUACUGCCAUUAUUCACAUUAAAAAGAGACUAUAUAGACUUAAAGACAAACUCUCACAGUCUUAAAAGGACUAUUAUAGACUUCAUGUUUGAAGAUAUCAAGUCACAACGUUUCUUAAUAUGACAACCAUUAAAACUUUAAACUGGGUUUUGCUUCAGAGAGACCUCUAUAGCUGACUCCAGUGACACCCACAAGCAUUAAGCUUCUCUUGAGCACAUUUUCAUAUCGUUUGAAGUGUUUGUGACGUGUACCUUGUAUGCUUCAUUAUUAUUGUCAUAGUUUUAUACAAUGAAAGUAAGUUUAACAUCACAAUAAAAUGUGGGUAAAAUUAUCAGUGUGAGUGAUGCAUCUUUACAGUGUAUUUAGGAAUGUUAUUUUAUAUCAUUUUCCUUUAACCUUCAUGUUUAUCAUUCAUGGCAUAAUCUAACAUAACCAACAUUUUGAUCCAUUUAUAAACUUUACUGAACAAAGUGGCACAAAAGUACAAAAGUAAUCUGUAAUAUACUUCCUUUUUUCAGCUGUUAAACCUCAAACUGUGUCCUGGGGGAGAGUGCUACCAGCCAGAGGUGAGUGAUGAAGUAUUUGAAUUUUUUAAGAUAAAUGUGCUUUGCAUGCUUCAAAAAUUAAGAAGGGUUGUUUUUGAUCAGGGCAUGCACAACGUUUUAGAGUGGAGUUACAAAGUGUGAGAAUUUUUUGUCACUGGGAAGCAGCAUGUAGCCCAGGAGUUAGUUAGUAGCCAAGUUACUCUGUAAAGUAUGCGCAAUUUGGCAUUUUUGUUUAAUUCCUCGCUCACUGUCUGGGUUUUGUUUUCUUCAGGUGUUGGCGUUGGAGUCAAACCCGGGGGUGAGUAGUUUCUUUGCACAUGCACUAAUCUCUUUCCUUAUUUUCUUAGUUGAAUUUAUACAUGAAUCCUGCUUUUGGAAGAGCAUAAGGAAGGUAUACUCUACACUGGUCAAUGAAACUGUGUGAGCUCAAGGUUAUAAUAAAUGCCGUAAAAGCUAGGAUAAAAUGAACAGUUUCUAACAAUAAAAUGGCUAAAUAAAGUAAAAGUACUUUAAAACAAUCCAACAUUUAAAAUAAGGACUUUGAACAAACAGUAAAAGCAGAGAUUCAAGUUGAAGAUGAAAAACUGAACCUUUGGGUGAGGGACUUCUUUUUUCUUGUUCCAGUGACAGGUGCCCUUGGAGCAAUUGGGAACCGAUAUGGCAACAAAGCAAUGAAGGCUGGACGUAUGUUUUACUCUCUCUUGACCUUUCUGCACAAUUUACUCCCUAAUAUACUUAUAAUUUAGAAUUUAAAUGUUGCUUUUUUAAAUUAUUUUUAUCCUAGUUGGAAGGUAUCCUGGGGCUCAACUUGGUGUUGGUAAGUUUACUUCACUGAAAUAAAUAUUGCUGAUUUUCCAUUAAGUGAACUUGUAAAGGAACUUCUUCGAGGCGGGCAAAUAGGAGUCAAAAUGUGCAUGUUACUCAACUAUGUAUAAUGUUGUUGAUGAGAUGUUGAGUUGUGCAAAAUUAUAAAAUGUAAAGUGACAAAGACACAGAGGCAUUUUAAAACAAGACUAACAUUAAAACAUUAGCCAUUCCGGUUGACUGUGACUUUCAGUGCCACCAGUGUGAAUUUAUUAUUGUUAAAUUUUUGUUUUUUUGUUUUUUUUCACAGGAGGUUACAGAUCUCUUGGAUUAGGAGGUAGAGCCGGUCUGAAGCAAGGUGGAUAUGCAACCCCAGGUGCCUAUGGUAUGUACAUUUAUCACUUAUUAUCAAACUCUGGAAACUUAAUAUCUCUUUAUUACCCCCCCCCGACUUACUUCGUGUUAAUAUUUGACAAAUUCUAAAUAUGAUAUCUUUGGUUGCAGGAGCUAGUCUGGGUACAGGACUGCCUUUGGGGACUGGAUUCACAAAUGGUCUGGGACUAGGUUUGGGCCAGGGAGCAAAAAGGGGUAAAGCACAUGCAAAACACAAUAUGGCAGAUUACAACUGAUGUUUGAUUAAGAUACUGAAGUUAAACAGAGACUAAACACACAGUAGAUCUAGACAACACAGUGUAAACCAACAAAGAAGGUGUUAUUCUAUAGCAUCUUCACCUGAAUACACUGUAAUGAACAUUUAAUUUUUUUAACAGUACAAUACGAGAGUGUUUAAAAAGCAGUCUUUGCUAUAAAUACAAUGAAGAGCACUUUCAUUUGAAACUAGCUGUUUAUUUGAUACUUUCAGGUUAUGGUGCUGGCCUUGGUGCAGUACCAGGUCAGUAAUUGUGUUUUAUUUUCAUGAUUUUCCUCCUUUAUUAGUGAAAGUGAGAAUAUACAAAGUGAAUUACUUAUUCUGUCUGCCCCUCCUUGUUUGUUUGUUUGUUUGAUAAAUUCUGGGUAUUCUGCUUGUGAACAUACUGGACAUAUUUUGUCACAGCGACCAAAUCAUAGGCUCCCAUAAAACAAGCAAACUCCGAUGCCCAAAUGAUGUAAUCAGAGUACUACACAUCCUCUGAACCUGAUGUUUUGUUUUCUUGCCAGGAUAUGGUACAUUAGCUGGCAUUGGUUAUCCAGGAGCGCGACCAGGUAAGUGAGAAAUCAAGUCCAAUCCCAGAACCCAUUACUGCUCCUUCCUGCCAGAGGGAACUUUUUCAUAUAGAAAAACCACACACUUGAGCUGCCAGUCGUUGUUUGAAGUCAGGUUAAACCAUCUGUAGGAAGGAAACUGUAUUCAUUAGAAUUUAUCAGUGCCUCUGUGGGCACCUCUACAAACAAGCCUGAAGACUGCAGAUCUCCUUAGGGUUCAGACUGGCCUAAGGGUCCUUGUCAGGGGGAAACUAAUAACAGCUCACCUGUCUGUUAUCAUUAGGACCUGGACUUGGGUAUCACACAGGGCAGAAGGCUAAAGAACAAAAACCUGGUAAAACCUUCACCACAGCGUUGUCGUGGUCAUUAUAAUCUGUCUACAUUUGUCAGUGACCUUUGUCAGACUCGAGUAACCAAUGUUGUGUUCAUGUGAACUUUUAUUUGCAUGAAAUCACAACUUUCACAUUGUCAUCUCCUGUGUUUGAUAGUUGCUCACCAGUCUUAUCAGACCCAAAGUAGCUGUGUUGCUCUUUGUAUGAAAUGGUCUUUUUGCUGUUCACUAAAGGCUCCUCUUUCCUAAUCGGUCAGUGUUUUAAUAAGCUUUGUUUGUCAGUUGUCUUUGCCACACACUGAUGCUGUCUGAGUCAGGGGGUGUCUUUGUCUUGCGCUUCUCUGUUUCAUGGUAUUUCAACAAUGUGAGCUGGUGGCAUUUUGUUGCCAUUUCAUGCUUUAUCUGUUGAUGCCAUCGCUCUGACUCAAAACACUGUGUAUGUGUUUGUGUGUGUCAUUCGAAGUAUAGCCAAAGUUGUUUGUGUCUCUUUGUUGACUCACUUCCUUAUUAUGGUGAUGAUUCUGUCCCCCAUAAACUGGACUAAUAUCAGACCAUAAUGGAUCAUCGUUUUGUCUCCAUGUGGUCUUGAAUGAACUCCAUUUGAGUCCCAUCUUCUCUGUGGAUGAUGUGUUGUAUGGCCUUGAAUGAUUUAAUACACACAUCAGCUGGAAUACAGAGAAGUGAAUACAGUGCACACCAGAGUGCAUUUGAGCCUCUAAGAAAUCCUGAAUACUUGAUGAUAUUUUUCUGCCAGGUUUGUCAACAGCAGAAGAUUUGGGUGGACCCGCAGUGGCCAAUCUGGGCCAAGCCGUUCAAGAACUGAAGAGAGACAAAAGCAGUCAGUCAUACGGACGAAGAGAAAGAACUGGUGAACUUGAAAUGCCUAGUUUGGGGAGAAGCGGUGUACUUGGCCCAGCUGCUCCUGAAACCAGCCUUAGAGAGCUCAAAAGCCUUGAUCCACUGGUCAAGUCAACAGGUCUUAGAUCUUUGACACAUCUUGAUAAACAAGGCAGAACUCUAUCACAAGGAAGACAAAGUUAUGAACCUACACUCACAGACAGAAGAGGCUCAACAAACCAUGGAGCCACACUUGCUGCCAGAGGUUUAAGACAACAACAAGUACCUCUUAUUCAAGCUAAUACCCGAACUCAAGGCUCCCCUCAGAUACAGCACACGGGAGAAUAUGAUUCAUUAAUCCAGCGACGCCCAAACUGUGGAUCAAGCAGAGAUUUCUCAGAUGUUCUAGAAAUGAAUCACCACGAGCAUCUUGGUUCAGAGACACAGAGGGCUCAGGGUAUGGUGCCCAGACCUCAUGCUGGAAAGGACAGCAAACACCUUGGACAUGCCGUUCAACCAGCACAAGGAGAGCAGAACUAUCAACUGCCUCUUCCACAAACUCAGGAAGGCAGAGACGGUAUUUUCUCUCUUUCACAAGGUCAGGCUCCUAGACGCUUUGUAUCUGCUGUGGCUGAUGGGCAGGCUGUUAGAGACCUUGGGGCGUCUCCCAAAGGCGCAAAGGGAUCCAGGAUCCACGGGGCGAUUGUUGUUGAGGAUCUUACUCCUAGUGCUCUAAAUAUCCGAGUUCAAGGAGUGGAGAGCCACGCACCUGUGAGCGCAAGCAGAACUCAAAGUUUAGGCAUCGCUUCAAUACGAGGGCAAGCUGGUGAAGGCGUAACAGUUGAUGGUCAGGAACAAAAACAGCUGGUUCACUCUGAACAUGAUCUCAAAAAGUCAAAAGCUCUCAGCAUCCCAGGACAGACUGGGAGGAGUAACCAGGCACCAAGUAAGAGCAAAGCUUUAUCUUUACACACUAUCACAGUGUCUUUGGUUUAGUUUCUUUAUCAUCCCUAUAUUUGACCUCCAAUCAGUUAUCUAAACUGUUAGUCUUCAUAUUUGCUUGGAUAGUUACCCAAAUCUCUUUCAUUUCCUGACUUAAUUUACCAACAGUGUGAUUUUUCUAGGUAUCUAUUGUCCUAAGAUAGUGGUCAAUCUCAGUUUCUGUUCUUGAAAUCAUGCCUCCUUUUAGAUCGCUCAUUUACACACUGAUCAGGGUGCAGGAUUAGAGCUGUCGUUUUAAUCACUUUAUUUAUAGUAAUUCACUCCCUUUUUUGGCUUUUUGUGCAACAAAAUGGACUAUAAAAAAGUAGACAUAGGCAUGACAUCCAGUGGUUUGCAACCCCCUGUUCUGAAGCUCCUACCUUUGGCAUUUUGGUUGCUGCUGUCUUGUGUCCUUAAAAAUGGCUAUAAAAAGAGGAAGGGGUGGAUAACUAAGAACACCCAAAUUUAGCUAAUUUAUCAAAUGCCAAAUCUUGAUAAAGCCAUUGCAUUACAGUCUUUAUGAAUCAGAAAGCCUCUUUUGGGAACAAAGCUCCUUUUUGGUAUCAGGCUGUGAACAUGUUUGUUUCUGCUCAGUAGGAACUGCUGUUUUAGUGCUGUUGGCUCUAAUUUUCUAGCCCUGGAGGCCACAGCUGCUUUAAAAAACAGAAACGUCUGAAGUUCUGUCUGACUGCGGUGUGGCAAGCAAAAUCUUUGUCUUAAUUUCUUCUAUAUCAGCCAACUAUUAGUGUCAGUGGCUGUUAAAAAGUUGGCAUCUUGGCUCAAAUAUCAGAACUCUGAAAUUCAUUUCUUCCUGAUUUGUCUGGCAUAUUUCUGAGUAGUUGUUGGUUUGCUCAUUAUUUGGUGUUUAUUCUGGAAGACUUUGUAUAAGAUUUGAAUAUGCAGGCAAAAUCUGAUAAUUUGGUAUUAUUCUGUAUCCUGUGAGUGAAGUCACAAGAAAAUACACUUAUCUGCCAUCAUGUAAAUGAUCUUUUAUCAUAUCUUUAUUUACAGAUGCCUAAAGGUUUUUUCUUUUGUUUGUUGUACUUAAAUAGCUUUGCUGUUGUGCUUUGGGCCAUUUCAGUAAAAUAACAUUAAACUGUCACCAGCUUGUUCCUGCAUGUCCUACACAAACACACAGUCUUCAGUCUAAAACUGUGUCUCGAGGUACAAACGGUAAAACUGUUGUUUUUAGGGGCUUGGCUGUCAUACAGGUAACAUUUGUAUAAAGUGAGUUAAACAAGCAGUUGUUGUUCGGUAAAUUUUUGACUCAGAAUCAAUGCCUGAGUGCUGUACGGUCAGAAAUUAAAACUGAGAUAAACAAAUGGGGAAGAGAGCAAAAAACAACAAAAGAAAUGCACUUAUGAAGUUAUUGAGUUGGAUCUGUUGUUGAAUUUUUUGAGAUUCGCUCUAGUUUCGAGUACAGAGGUUGUUUAAAACCCUCUAAUCCUGGCCAAGAUGCUGGAAUCCUUUGUGUGUGUUUAUUUUUGUUCACCUGUCAGCUGCACAUGCUGAACACAGAAUUAAAAGCAGCCUCUCUGUCCUCUGUAUAUGGAACCACUGAAUAACACUUGGGCAUUAAGUCUCAGUUUUAUCAUGUGUUUCAACUAUGAUUCAACCCUAAAUGAAAUAAGACUCUGAGUAGUGAAUGCUCAUGUUUUUCUCCAUGAAUGUUGGUGUGAAUGUAUGUGUUCAAAAAAGGGUCAUGACCCCCUGCCUAGAGCUGAGCUUGUGCACCCUUUCUCCACAGGUUACAUCGGUGGAGCAGGAAGCUAUCUGGGGGCACAGGGCCUGGGGGCACAGGGCCUGGGCACACAGGGCCUGGGCACACAGGGCCUGGGCACACAGGGCCUGGGCACAGGAGGGUAUGGAGCAGGUAAUAGGAUACACUAACACAAGGUGGAAAAUCAACACAAGUGGUAAAAUAAGAGCAUACUUACUGAGUGUGUCCCUGUAAACAUCAAUAAAAAUCUUGAUGUAUAUCUUUUAAGAAAAUGUACAACUUUCAAAAGCCAUUUGAUUGGUAGACAUGGUGAAACAUAAGUCAGUAUGGGACAAUAAUACAGAAGUACUGAUUUAGAUGACCUCUCAUAAUAGAGUAUCUUUCCCUGCUGACAGGUGUAGGGCAGGGAGCUUACCUUGGUGCAACUGGCAAACUUGGAGGUGAGAAAAGAUUUUCAUUGAUGUUUCUUUAUUUUAAUCAAGAGCUUUGUUCUCAUUUUUACAUCAUGCUCUCACUCUAAACUCUCUUGCCAACAUUUUCAGCUGCUGCUGGUCUUGGACAGGGUGGGUAUCCCCUUGGUAUCGCAGAGCGGUCAACUGGUGAGACUGUGAAUUUAACCACUACAACUUCAACUACACUAUGUUUUCUUGUCAUGUUGCCUCCUCAAAUGUAAUGACUCUAAACAAAUGCUGAUGCUUUUUUUAAAAAAGAAAAUACAGAUGAAGAAAAUAAGGACUGUUCUUUGCCUGAUUUAGUUUAGACAGUGAGAGAAGCUGGCUAAGACAUUGCUAUUCUUUUGUCCAGUUUUCUUUUUCAUUUAGCCAGCAGGCGAGGAGAAUAAAAAAGUGUUUAACUGAACAAAUAACUUAAACUGUUUCAGUAAUUUCCAAAUGAAAGGGUGUGGAUGUCUAAUCCUCAUUUUUGCAUGUAAGGAAAUCAGAGCACCAUUGAAAUGGGAAGUAGCUUUUUAUGUACUGUAUUUGUAGAUGUUAAAUAAUAUAUAUAUUUUUUUUGUUAAAAAAAAGAUAGUUUGUAUUUAAUUCAAUAAAUUUGAAUGUGUGUCAUCACAGGGUAUGGUGAUGGAGUAACAGGAUACCUGGGUGCUAUGGCAGGCAAUGGCUUAAGUGAGUUUAAACUUACCGGUACAUGCACAGGGAAAAUUGAAUUCAUGCAGAAGAAUCUCUCAGACUCUCUCAUUCUACCCUGCUGGGGGCUGAAAUAUCAAGUGUCUCUUGUUUUUCAAAGUUAUCAUUUUUUUUAUAACGGUCUCUGUUUCUCUGCAGGUUAUGGAAAUGGUUUUACUGAUGGUUUUGGGGCAGGUGAGUAUUAAAAAGAAUAAAAAUUAUUUGAUGAUUUGAGAAAAACUGUGAUGUUUUAAACCUCCUUUAGCUCAGAGAGUUGUUGAUAAUGCUAAUUAGAACUAUGUUUCAGGGCAUGGUUACCCUGCAGAGCUAGCCGAUGGUGCAGAACACAAAGCAAGAAAGAGUGAAGGUAACAGUUUUGAGGAGCUACAACUAAGGCUGCAUAAUAUGAAGAAAAGAUUAGAUUUCCUUAUCUAUUGGCCAAAUGAUUGGGAUAUGAAUAACAUUGGUCAUUUCUGAAUCCCAUUUUAAUAACAAAACAGCUAGUUAAAAUCCUGAUUAAGAUUAAUUGUGCAUCCCUAGUUGUAAUCCUCAAACCCAUAACAGGCGAUGGCACUAACCCAGACGCUUAUACCUGCAAGCAUGGUCUGAAAUUUUUUCUCGCCAGCCAAGGUGGCAGGUAGAUGAGAAAAAUCCACCGGCCAAUCAUAUUAUCAUAUAAUUACCUUUUUGUAUCACAUACGCAGCUAUUGCAAUCUAUUCCAAUGGAAAAGUAAGGUAUUAUGUUGGCUACAAAGUUAUUGUCUUUUGUAAGAGCAUAGAUAUCCAGCCUCUUGUGAUAAAAGAAAAAUACAGGCUGUAUUUGCCAGCUGGUUGCGAGUUGAAUAGCUGUGUUUAAAGGGAUAUUAAAGGGUAAAAUUAAGUAAAGAGUUAGACACCUCCUCGAGAAAUGAAUGUUGCCGACUGCUUGCUUCUCUAGUUAUACCAACUUUAGUAACGACCACAUGAUAGCAAGACACAAUGGUCUAUGGCUCCACAUGCAAACUUCAACCAAAAAGCCACUCUAUAGCCACAAAUAAUGCUCAGAACAGCACCUAGCUUCAUCGACAGUUCAUAUCGGGUCCCAGCCAUAGUACUAGCCAUCAAACAUCUUUUUAGCUUUGCCUGGUUUCUUUAACAAAGAAACAAAACACUAUGUACCAGCUCUCCUCCUGUAGCCGCUUGUUUGUGUGUAUGAUUAGUUCCUCAUGGAAAUACAAUAAGACUGUGACGCUAAGGCAGAAGAAGUACCGCAUCUGCAGUGCAAAAUGACUAUUAUUUCGUGGAAAUGAUCUGCUGCACUCGUUGAUCGACUCAGCAGGGCUUCCCCCACAAACAAGCAGCUGCUGGAGUAGAGUGGGUGAUUUGUUUUUGGUCUUUUUGACCAUAACUUAAAUUUACAACAGAAUAUCUCUUUAAGUCUUGAUCUGGAAAAUUGUUUGGAGCAGGGUAACUGAUGUCCCGAACAAUAGAAGGUGGUGCAUGGUGACAGGCACUGCUGUGUGUGUGAACACAUCAGUGUACCAGGACAGUUUACAUGAAGUUUGCAUGUGUCAGCUUGACCCUGUGAACUUCCGUCAUACAGAUUGCAGGAGCAGCAGGUGCAUGGACACAGAGCACAAACUUAGGAUGAUUAUUUGUCUUUCAUUACACAAUGAUUGUGGUACAAUCAUUUGCCCCCACAUGGCGUGUAGCUGUCAGGGAAUUACCCACAAAUUAGAGCAUCUACAUACAGUGGUGGCCAAAAUUAUUAGAACACUUGGCAUAUUUAAGAAUUUUCAGUUGUUUUUGUUGAGUUGGCCAUUAAAAUACCCAUAAAACAAAUUAAAUAUCUACAAAGUCAUCAUUUUGCUCUAUAAACCCUAGAAUAGAGCCAUCAUAAGGAGAUUUAGGUCAUUUUCCAUACAAAAAACAAGCAAGGCCUGUCAGUGUCACACAAUCAUGUUCCUUCACAGAAGCAGCCAAAUUACUUGUGUAAUCCUUCUCAGGUGUGAUCGUGGUUAAAUUGAUGGUGAUGCAAGUCUUAGGACACAGCUGUGUGAUUCUUUUGAACGUACAAGGCCUAUCCUGCUCAUUAAGUGAUUGGUAACAUGAGGGUUUUGUCACUGAGGCCACACCACCAAUUGGUAUAAAUUCAAAGCCUCUAGAAGUAGUCUUGAAGCUCAUGUUGCUCUUUGAACAUGGCUAAGGUGAAGAAGGAAUUAACGAGUGAGCAGCGGGUUCGAAUAAAGGCCCUUUUUGAUGCUGGCUGGAGUUACCGCCGCAUAGCCAAGGACUUGAGAUGCAGUCCAAGCACUGUAAAGUACACUUUAGACCGCCAUGAUGCCACCAAUUCACACCAGAACCGAAAGGGGAGAGGUAGAAAAAAGAAACUUUCUGACAGACAAGUGAAGCAUCUCAAAAUUCUCAGUCUUCAGGACCGAAGAAAGACCUCACGAGAACUGCGUGACGAGAUCAACACCACAAUGACUAAUGGUGCAACAGUGUCUUCAAGAACUGUGCGUCGGAAACUGGGAGAAGAAGGACUUGUUGGCAGAAUAGCAGCAAAGAAACCAUUACUGAGAGAGAAAAAUAGAGUGAAACGCCUGAAAUUCGCUAAAGAACACAAGAAAUGGACAAAGGGAGAUUGGUAUAAAGUGUUGUGGACUGAUGAGUCCAAAUUUGAACAGUUUGGCAACAAGCGAAGAGUGUAUGUUCGACGGAGGGAGGGGGAGAGAUAUAAAAAUGAGUGUCUCUUGCCAACAGUUAAACACGGAGGGGGUAGUAUUAUGGUGUGGGGUGCCAUUGCAGCCUCAGGAACAGGUGACUUAGUGAAAAUUGAUGGCAUCAUGGAUAAGAAAGUAUACCACAACAUUCUGGUGAGGCACGGAGUACCAUCUGGGAGUCGUCUUAUUGGGCCUGGAUUUAUUUUCCAAGAGGACAACGACCCUAAACAUUCUUCUAAGUAUUGCCGGAACUACCUGCGACAGAAGGAAUCUGCUGGAACAUUGAAAAUGAUGGACUGGCCCCCUCAAAGUCCGGACCUCAACCCCAUUGAGCAAAUUUGGGGCGAGUUGGAAAAUAAACUGGACAGAUCUAUUGUACAUUCAAAGGAAAGCCUUUGGCUUGAGUUGCAGAAGGCAUGGGAUAAUAUUAGUGUUCAAGUUCUCAAGAAAUAUAUUGACACUAUGCCAGAGAGAUGUGCUGCUGUAAUUGCUGCAAAAGGUGGACAUACCAAAUAUUAAAGUUAAAAGUGGAUAAAAACAGUAGGACUCACUUAAUCUGAUAUUUGUUGUGCUCAGAGCAACCAUCUGCAUGCAUCAUGAACAUUUUGAAAGGAAAUCAUGUUUUGGAGGCAAAAAAAAGUUCAAUGUUUUCAUUUCUGUCAGGUGUUCUAAUAAUUUUGGCCACCACUGUAUAUUUGGCGUACGGCUGGUAUUAAUUUCAGACCCUACUUGCAAGAUUUGACAGCUGAAAGAAAAUAAGAGGCCAUCAAGGAAACACACUACAUGAGUUUACAUGUCCAGUGUGGUCCACCAGUUAUCCACUGGGUGUAGCUAUUGUCUCUUGCUAAUCAGGGCUGAUCAGUUUAAUCUGGUGGUCUCUGACUUCUUGCUCCUGAAGAUGCUUUUCACACGGCUCAUCAUUAUGUAAGUUUGCCAUGUCUGAUCUUUGUUUUUUUCUUCUUCUGACCUUUCCAGCUCUCAGUACAGGUGCUUAUGCUGGGCAGGUCCAGGGGGCGCUAGGUAAGAGGUUCAAGAACGAAGCAUCAGCAGCAGUAGGAGGAAUGACACUGCAUGCUUCUCUAGCUGCCACACACAGCUAAAAAGUUGUAUUUUUAACUCCUAAAAAUGUCGGCUUUUCAGUCCACCAAUAAGAGCUUUAUAAAUGUAUAUUCUGUGAUGUUUGAGAGCUUGUUACUGAACCUUCUCUUGUCUUAGGAGCUCUUGGCACAGGCCUUGAAUCAGCUGGUGGAAAAUAUGGUGAGCCAUGCUACAUGACCUCAGCUGAUGUUUCACUUAUAUACGCUUUUAUCAACAUGAGAAAAGAGUCAUUAUCUCCCAUUUUCCCCCUUCAGUUGGAGGAGCUGCUCAGGUUCCUUAUGGUGCUGCUCCAGUGAUCCCUACUGGAUUGGAAGGUAAGAGCUUUACUUGUUGGCUGGUAGAUUUUGUCAGUUCCUGGUUGUUUUUCUCUUUUUUUGUGUGUGAAAAUAAACCGUCCCCCUGCUCGCUCCAGCUGAUAGAUCUAUUAUGAUGACCCAAACAAGGUUAAAUAAAGUUAAAUUUCCCCUUGGUCAUUGAGUCCCCAUAUUCUGGUCUUAAUGCUUAAACUCCAUCACAGACCUUGGAGUGACCUCCCAUCAACUCUCUGCAUAGCCUUCAAUGUUGAAUUUCUCUUGAGAUUAACUAUAGUGAUGGAACUUCAUGAUAAAGCUGUAAUAUAAGUGGGUCUUCAUGUUACAGCCACAUGUACAGCUAAUGCUUUAAAAAUUCAUCUUCUCAGGCGAGGGUGGCUACCCAUUGGCUGCUCAACAAGUGGCCCUGGGUGCAGAAGGUGCGAAGACAGCCAACAAAUAUGGUGAGAACUGUGUGGUCCUGUUUGUGGUGAAAAAAAAAAUGGGUCGGUUGUUUCUCUGAAAAGGAGGGGUGUUGGUUAGUUUUAAUUUCGUGAGAAAACAUCGUGAUAGGAAACCUUAAACAGGUCAAAGUGAGAACUGAUGCAACUUAAAGGCCAAAAAAGAAGCAAAGAGGGAUAGACCAGAUCCAGAUACUAGAUCCACACAAUUAAAGAUGUUUUUGGCCCCUUAUGUCUUUGCUCUGAAAGAAGGCUUUUAAUGUUUUGAGGAUGCAUGGUAAGAGUUUGCGUCUAUGAGUAUGAGUGUGUGUAAAUUUCGUGCGCUGUGAGUUUUUGUGUGUAUCUGCAUGUCCGGUAUCUCUGUUAUGACUCAUAGUUACCGCUAAUAAAGUAUCAACGUGUCUUCGGCUGUUUCAGUGGCUGGUGCAAGGUAUGGGGCUCAGCAAACAGGUGAUUUUUUAUGCAAGCACUCAGAGAAACUUUUUUUUCACACCUUGCAUGUAGCUUCAACUGUCUCUCUUAACACUUUUUUAUGGACUUUUCACAUGUUGUUUGCAGAUUCUCCAACACUGUACUCUGUAUUUGCACAUUAAAACUUUGUUAAUAUUGUUAACCAAUUUUAUUAUUUUAUUAUAUUUCAACUGUAAAUUAUAGUAACAUUUCAAGCAUAUGUAUUAGUAAUACAGUAUUUGCAGAUGUUAGACUUUCAUUAUCCUGGUGUGUUUUAAAAAUGUCACUGCUGUCUGUGUUUUUAGGUUACGGUGCACAGCUAGGAGCGACUCAAGAUGCCCUGGGUGAGCAGGAAGCCACAAGAUUUGCUCAUUUAUGAUCGACUCUCUCUCUUUCUCUCUCUCUCUCUCUCUUUCUCUCUUUCUCUCUCUCUCAUUUUUCUUCUCUCAAGUGACCUUAGAAGCCUUCUUUGCCAAUUUUUAAGUUAAAGCACAUUUGGUACAGCAUAUUGUGCUUUGCCAAACACAAGCUUUUGUUUUUCUAAGUUUUACAUAUUUAACUUAAGUAGUACAACUGCAUGUAUUGUGAGUUACUUUUCAUUCAGUAAUGUUGAGUUUGAAAGUGAGUAGGAUGAGUACAAGAAUAAAAGACAAAAGCUUUUCUUCUAAGUUUAUGCUGAGAUUAAGCCUCUUUUUUUCUUCACUGCGACAGUUUUCUUCUGAGCAUACCUUACAAUAAUAAUCUGAUGCUUUUACAGGAGAAGAAACUGGCAAGUUUGGAGGAGUGAAUGCUGCCCUUGGCAAUGGAUACAAAGGUGAGAGGGUUGGAUAUUCCCAGCUAUGACUGUGCUGUCAACAGUAUGUUAACAUAAAGCACAAAACAUCUGUUUAUUAUUUUAAAAAUCCUCAAUCUGCCACCCCUCCAAGCCAUUGGACAUGGAUUAAGAAUGACUGUAUGAAAACAUUAAGAACGCAUACACCUGCUGCAGUCUCAUCAAUCAGUCCAGUGACCUUACUGUGAUCCUUGCCCCCCAUUCUGUCUUUGUCUUUAACCAGGUUAA